AAGGGAAGACGAAUUUGUUGGUGGUCGAAAAUGGUAAUGGAUGGCAGUGUAAGUUUGAAGAUAGAUAGGAUUGAUUGUCAGCCACUCAGUUUACAUUCACUAUUCACUAUUCUUUCAUUCACCCAUUCUCUCUGAGUUUCUGCUGCUCCUACACAUCCUUCUCUCUCUGCUUUACUCCCCUUCAAUGGCUUCCAUUUCAGCUUCUUCUCUCAGUUUCCACCUUCCACCGAAGCCACAUUACAAGCUUAACCAGGAAGACGGCGGCACUGAUAGGAACUCCAUGUUUUUGGACUCUGCCUCCAACCGCUUAUCUUUGAAAUCUUCCUUCAUCUCUCCUUUACGUAAGAUUCCUUCUUUAAGGAAGCAAAACUCUGUUGUUGCUGCUGCUUCUCCCAAGUUCUCCAUGCGCGUCGCUUCCAAACAAGCCUAUAUCUGCCGUGAUUGCGGGUACAUUUACAACGAUAGAACUCCUUUUGACAAAUUGCCUGAUAAGUAUUUCUGUCCUGUCUGUGGUGCUCCUAAGCGACGUUUUAGACCUUACGAGCAAACUGUGAGUAAAAAUGAUAACGAAUUUGAUGUGAGGAAGGCGAGAAAGGCGCAGAUCCAAAAAGAUGAAGCUAUUGGGAAGGUGCUGCCUAUUGCUGCUGCACUGGGAAUCGUGGCACUUGUAGGUUUAUACUUGUACCUGAAUAGCGCCUUCUAGAUCGAGUGGCUUGCUCAAUGACGGGGGAUUAACACCAUCAUUUGUUUCACCAUUUUCUUCUCGGGGCUGUUCUACGUUGAUUUAGAUAUUAUAUGUAUUUUUUUCCUUCCACUAUCCAAAAACCCUGGCAAAUUGUUUGAGCAUUGCAGUAUUAUAUAUAUAUAUAUAUUCAAUUGUCUAUUGAUUAUGUGUA